AUGCGCAUUCGUGCAGCGCAGAUCCUUGGUGUAGCUUUGGGCGUGACGCUAUGUGGGCAGGUCCUCCUAUGCCCGUAUACUAAGGUCGAAGAGAGCUUUACUAUACAGGCCGUCCAUGACAUCUUGACGUACGGCGUGACACGCGAUGUCAUUCCUAUGUACGAUCAUAUCACGUUCUCAGGCGCUGUACCACGUUCAUUUUUAGGGCCUCUUUUGCUUGCAGGGGCAGCGGCGCCUUUUGUAUGGGUGGCCCAACAGCUAGGCGCUUCGUCUGCCCAAAUUCAAACGCUUGUCCGCCUUAUCUUGGCCGUUGGGGCAUGGAUAUCGCUUUGGUUCUUCGCUCGAUGCCUGUUUCCACGAAGCAGUUUGCACCGUGCUGCGAUGUACGCUGUAACUCUAUCUCCAUUUCACCUGCCGUUCUGGGCUAGCCGUACAACGCCAAACGGUGUUGCUUUUCCCUUAGUGACAGCCUCGCUCGGCGCUGUGAUUCACGCACGCUCAGGUAGGUGGCUGGGCCUAGCAACGUUGGCGUGUGUGACUAUGGUACUGCGUCUAGAGCUGCUUGGCAUGACGAUCCCAUGCUUCCUUUGGACAUGGCUGUACCAACGCCAGUCUUUCCAGCGCCUAUUUGUACUGGGCUUCGUAAGUUGUGGGGCGGCUAUAGGUGCCAGCAUCGUUAUCGACUCGUACUUCUGGCAAACCUCCUGGCUCUGGCCUGAGCUGCAUGCGAUCCUGUUCAAUGUCGUGGAAGGCAAAAGUGCGGAAUGGGGCACAUCACCUUGGCAUGCAUAUGUGACCCGUGAACUUCCUCGGCUUCUAGCCUUCUCGUUGCCAUUGGUGCUAGUGGGCAAUUUCACGCCAUCAACACUCCGAGGGCCGGUGUAUGCCCUGGCCCUCCCGCCUAUAACCCUUCUGAGUCUACUUCCCCACAAAGAAUGGCGCUUUAUCCUUUAUACGGUGCCAUUAUGGAACGCCCUAGGAGCCGUCGGCAUGCUACGACUAGGCCGAUCCUGGUGGGGCAAGCUCCUGUGUCUCGCGCUACUGCUUGGCAACGUAUGUUGGACGGGCCUUGGCACGUGGAUGAGUAUGGGGAAUUAUCCUGGCGGUGUGGCUCUAGCGGCCUUGCAUGCCCAUAAGGGUGAUCAGGCUGUGCACGUCCACAUUGACACGCUGGCUGCUAUGACAGGUGUGAGUUUGUUCCAAAGUACACAUGUGGCCCGUCCCCGUUCCUCGCUGGUGCCGCACUUGCCCCCACCAUGGGUGUACAACAAGACAGAGGCAUAUGACGGGCCAUGGUGUGCCUUUACACACCGCGUGAGUGAAUACCCUUGCAACGCCACAGAGACACGCACACUAGUGCCACCUAUCCAGGCGCUGACCGGUCGUCAAGUUGUUCGUCCAGCCGUGUAUGCAGGCCGCCUGUACGCUAUGCUACGAGGUACGCAGCCACGCUCUCUUCGUGCUUUCCUCCCGAUCGAAGUUCAUCAGCAACCUGCUCUAUGGGUAUGUGAAACGCUCGCGCCGUGCUAG